AACCUAAUUUAUUGUGGUUAUAAACGGCGAUCGAGUAAUUUAUUCUGUGUUAAAGUAUAUAUAAUAAUAAAAUAAAAUGCCGAAUUGGAAUCAAAUUCAAGCUCAAUUGAGGCACCCGGCAAAUCCGGUUGUAUUCUUCGAUGUUUCCGUUGGAACCACUGAAAUAGGUAGAAUGAUUUUCGAGCUGUUCGCGGAUAUUGUUCCCAGAACGAGCGAGAAUUUCCGUCAGUUUUGCACAGGGGAAUACAGAAAGGAUGGCGUGCCUUUAGGAUUCAAAGGUGCUUGUUUCCAUCGCGUCAUCAAAGACUUUAUGAUCCAAGGAGGCGAUUUUGUUAAUGGUGAUGGAACUGGGGUAAUGAGCAUAUACAGUGGAAAUACCUUCUGUGAUGAGAAUUUCUCAUUGAAACACGACACCCCUGGCUUAUUAUCCAUGGCGAAUAGCGGCAAGGACACCAACGGUUGUCAGUUCUUCAUUACUUGCGCCAAGUGCAAUUUCUUGGACGGAAAACAUGUGGUUUUCGGGCGCGUUAUUGACGGGCUGCUGGUAAUGAGGAAAAUUGAGAAUGUACCUACAGGCCCUAACAAUAAACCAAAAAUUCCGGUCACAAUAGUUCAAUGCGGACAAAUGUAAAUACAGUUUAAAUAAAAAAAAAACUUUUG